GUUUGCGUACGGUUUGUGGACGCCAUUGACCGUUGUCCCGUGUUUAUCCCGGUUUUGAGUGCAGUGAAACAAAUAAUAUCGUCGACGGGAUACAAAUGUGCGUGGUGUAAGUGUUUUGAUAUACUUCAAUUUCACUUUCAAUUGUGAAUUCUAUCUCUUGGUGCCCAACACUCAGAGGUUCUAUUCUAAAAAAAUAACCUCGUCUGCUAGUGGGGUGUUGUUUUAGUGUUUUCGAAAAUACAACAAAGCCGACACAGGAGGAUACGUUACUUCGAAAUGCCCGUCAGAAAGCAAGAGGCUCAUCGCGCGCUGGAGCUAUUAGAAGACUACCACUCCAAGCUUAUCAAGCCCCAGGAUAAGCAGCUACGUCUGGCCAUCGAGAGGGUCAUCCGCAUCUUCAAAUCUCGUCUCUUCCAAGCUUUACUAGGUAAAGAAAACAGUGAACGUCUGACGAUAGCUAAACGUUUUGGUAAGAAUAUAAAUAGAACCAUAAAAUACUAAUGUUUUUGGGAUUGGUGAUGGGAGCUAGACA